GUGCUGUCAUUGCAACACGUGGCCCAGCUCUGGCUGAAAGGAUACAUGCCAUUGCCGACAGGAGGCCAGCAGUGCCACCUUGAGGCCGCAUGUGAGCCAAGUCCGUUUGCUAUGUGGGAUGUCACUCCUUCCCUAAAACCUACAACUCACCUCUCAUUUGUUAGCUAACUUCAGAACAGAAAAGACUGAACCAGAGAACAGUAAUACAUACAUUGCUGCAGACUCCAAGGCAGAAAGAAAAUUACAAUCAAAAUCCAAUAACCGGACAAAUGGAUCCCAGCCAGCCUUUCAGUGACACACGUCCAUAUCCAGGACAGUCUGGGGUCACUGUACAGCCUCCAGUUUUUGUGACUACUGCUCCACUAGCCAGUCUAGUUCCAGAUUACUUGGGUUACUCCAUCUUCACCUUUCUGUUCUGCUGUUUUCCUCUGGGCAUUGCUGCGCUAGUUUUCUCCUCCUCUACUCGAGAUGCCAUCUACUCAGGACAGCAAGAAUUAGCAAAGAGGAAUUCCAAAAUGGCGCUCAUGCUGAAUAAUAUCAACCUUGGGAUUGGCUUGGUUACUUUUGUAAUUAUUUCCAGGAUGUUGUAUUUCAGAUAAAAGCUUUUAGAGCUGACAUGGCUGGAUGCAGAUUACAAACAGAUUUGUGUUUUUCUUUAUUUUAAAUGUUACUUGCUCAAUUUAAGGCUGAUUAUUCUAUGUUUAAACUAAUUCUACCAUGCAGUUUUCUGUUCUCUUUACUUCUAAAAUGUUUUGUUUAGGCUUUUGGCUUAUUUUAAAUAUCU